AUGAAACUGAAGGCAAUUUUUCCGUUGAAUCAGUCCUCAGAGGUGUUCUCGGGGAAGAUUCAGAACCUUGGUCUUAUCCGAAUCCUUGAGUAUACUCUUAAUGAUAUCCCUAAUAAAUCUGAUAAGUACCUAUUUGUAAUUAAGUGCGAAUCAGUUUCUCCCGCGCUUGAAGCGGAGAUUAAAAGUGAACAACCCAGUAUCACUUUGAAGCCAAAGGAAGGAUCUGGUAUAGAUUUGAAGCCGAAGCAGGGUGUUGUUUCAAAAUCUGCUGCUCAGAUCGUACAGGAGCAACAUGGAAAUUCGGCUCCUGCUGCUUGA